UUAUCACCCGUGGCAGCUGCCUGUGCUGCGGCGUGCCUGGGGUCCCUGGCCCUAUCUGGCCUGUCUGCUUGGGACUCUCCUCUAGUGCGACGCCUGGCUCCCCCUCGCUCCCGCUUUCAUGCUCUCUUUCUGGCUCGUCCUCUUUCAGGGCCCCCAGAUCCUGGUUGCCAUGGUAGCACUGCAGCGGGUACCAGGUGGUGGAGGGGGGCAGGGAGCCCACACUGCCGCAGUCUCCGCCAUUUCCGAUGCCAGGCACCCGCGAGGCGCCGUGGCUGGGGCUCAUUUGGGGGGGCCCUCGGCGCCUCCCCAGACCUCGCAGGCAUCUAAGGGGGCAUCUAAAGGGGCGAAAGAGGGGUGGCUGGUGGCAUCGUGGCCGGGGGAGGGGAGGGUAAAAGGUGAGAAGUCAAGGUGAACAGAGGAUGAUCAGGCUGGAGGCGGGGGCGGUUCGAGGAGAGGCCGGGAGAAGGGAGCCCUCCAUGGGAGCUGGUGGGGUUGGGGGCCACUGAGGCUAGAAUGAGCCGAACCCCAGCUCCUGCAGCCUUGUGGGGAAAGGGGCAUGACCAGGCCAGGCCUCCCUCGGACCUUGCGGGAGAGGAGGGCCUGGCUGGAGACAGAAAGGCAGCCAGCCCAGAGGAGGCAGGGGCGGCAGCUGGAGGGAUGGAGAUGCGGGAAAAGGUGGAGGGACAGCGAUGGGAGUGAGAGAGAUCUGAGAUGGAGACAGAACCAAGGGAGGAAAACACUGGAGGAGGAAUGCUGACGAAACGCGGGUGCCGAGGCACGGGUGGGGGGAGGGGCCGCAGGGUGGGGACUGCAGACACAGGAGCAAGGGGACAGACAGAGCCCGGAGUCCCCCGUCACCAUCUCCUCUCUCUCGCUCCCAACCCUCUCUACCCCAACCCAAGCGGGAUGCAGUUUCCAUGACAACCUGGCCGGCCAGAAAGGGGGGCAGGGGACUGCAGAGGAAAUUUUCCACAUCAGCAGGAAGAGGAUGUGAUGCAGAGAAGGAAUGGGCUGGAUACAUGUGGUGGGGAGGCGCCACACAGGGCCCUGGAACCCCAAAACGUCUCACCCACUGUCUUCCAGGGUUCUCAUCCUGCCCCCAGGUGGCACCCCCCCCCACACCUCUGGGCCACAGCAGGGGAGGGGGAGGGUUCCAGAGAGGCUCAAGGGUCAAAUGUCCAAAGCUCAGCCGCUGCCCAAACCUCGUGUGUGGGGUGAGGUGGGGGGAUGGGAGGCAGGAAGCAGCUGCGGAGCUCAGACCGCAGGCCACCAAAUCCAAGGGCAUGGCUCUCAACACGGUCCCCAGGAAAGUGGGGAUAGUGGGCUACGGCCGCCUCGGACAGUCCCUGGUCUCCCACUUGCUGACUCAGGGACCAGAACUGGGCCUAGAACUCGUUUUUGUCUGGAAUCGUGACCCAGGACGAAUGGCGGGGAGUGUGCCCCCUACCCUUCAGCUCCAGAACCUUGCUGCCCUCGGGGAGAGGCACCCUGACCUUGUGGUGGAAGUGGCCCAUCCCAAAAUAAUCCACGAAUCUGGGGCAGAAAUCCUGCGCUAUGCCAACCUCCUGGUGGGAUCCCCCUCAGCCCUGGCUGACCAGGCCACAGAGCGGCAGCUCCUGGAGGCCUCGCAUCGCUGGGGCCAUGCUGUGUUCGUGGCCCGGGGGGCCCUCUGGGGCACUGAGGACAUCGCCAGAUUGGACGAAGCCGGGGGCCUCCAGAGUCUCCGUGUCACCAUGGCCACACACCCUGAUGGCUUCCGGCUUGAGGGACCCCUGGCUACGGCGCACAGCACUGGGCCCCGCACAGUGCUCUAUGAAGGCCCUGUCCGCGGCCUCUGCCCCCUUGCCCCCCGAAACUCCAACACCAUGGCUGCCGCUGCCCUGGCCGCCCCCGGCCUGGGCUUCGACCAUGUGAUCGGGGUGCUUGUGGCCGAUUUCAGCCUCAAGGACAUGCAUGUGGUGGACGUGGAGCUGAGCGGACCCCCGGGCCCCACAGGCCGAAGCUUUGCUGUGCACACCCACAGAGAGAACCCCUCCGAGCCAGGCGCUGUCACCGGCUCUGCCACCAUCACCACCUUUUGGCGCAGCCUCCUGGGUGCGGCCAUACUCCUCCCCGGCGCUCCUCUCCCCAAGCCCUGGGCUCUUGCGCUCUGCAAAGCUUGGGUCUCAGGCUCUCUGAGUCUGCAGUUCUGAUUCUGUCUCUAUCGAUUGAUCUUUAUUCCUGAGUCUCCUUAACCUUCUACUCCACGACGCUGAAUCUUUAUAGAUCUCUAUCUCUGUCCAAGUCUCCUCUCUCUGAGCCUCUGUGUCCCCCUCUCUCUGGGAGUAUAGCAUGUGAGUCUCUGUCUACCCCCCAGGUCUCUGUCCCUCUAUCUCUGGGAUUUGGUCCCUCUCUCUCUGGGUCUCAGUCCCUUCUAGGUCCCCACCUUGGUCUGUCCCUUCUUCCAGGUGUCUGUCACUCCUUAUCUGUCUGUCUCAGCCUUUCAUUCCCCGUAUCUCCUCCGCAGGCUGCUGCCACCUGCCCUCCAAGCCGGGGAUCCAUCUCUGCUAAGAAGCCUCCUCCUUCCCAAGAGGACAUCCUCAUAUUAUUUACUUCCCACCGCCACCGUCCCGCUGCUGCCUCGGUAUCCCCAGAUCUCCCCCCUCCUGUCUCAGUAAACAUUGGAGGCUCUU